AUGCCUGCUCCUAACUCUUUCCCGCGCAACAAGCAGAAGCAGCAGCAGCUGGUCGUUCCCAUCAACAUGAUCUUCGGUGGGAUGCAGAGCAAGAGCAUUGUGAAGAUCUGGCUCGUCGAUGCGCCCCGUGACCGUAUCGAGGGCCGCAUCCAGGCCUUCGACGAGUUCAUGAACAUGACUCUGGAAGACGCUGUGGAGGUUCGCGUCUCUGCUCGCGGUCGAGAGGAGAAGCGUCGCAACCUAGGCGAAAUUGUCCUCAAGGGUGACAAUGUUUCCCUUAUUGCGUUUGGUAACUAA